AUGCCGGCCCCAUCUACUUUCAAGCGCUUUGUUGAGGUUGGACGUGUUGUGCUCGUUACGAGUGGCCCAUCUGAGGGCAAGAUUGCCACUGUUGUCGAGAUUAUUGAUCACAACCGGGCAAUUAUCGACGGCCCCACCUCCGGUGUUCCUCGUCAGGCGUUCCAAUACCGCCACCUCGUCCUCACUCCCUUUACCGUCAAGGGCCUCCCUCGUGGUGCUGGCUCUGGUGCUGUAAAGAAGUACGUUGAAAAAGCCGACAUUGUUGCUAAGUGGGACGCAUCUUCAUGGGCCAAGAAGCGCGCAUCGGUCUCUAAGAGGAGGUCACUCAACGAUUUUGAGCGCUUCUCUGUCCUUGUCUACAAGAAGCAGCGCCGUGAUGCAGCCAGGAAAUCCUUGGCCAAGGCUAAAAAAUCGGCGUAG